AUGGCUCUGUCACUUGGAGAUCUGUAUUCUUAUGCAAGACCGGGAUCUUUAUCUCCUGGAGAUCCGCAUUCUUAUGCAAGACCAGAGUUUGCUGCUGUAAUUCACACUCAUUUGGAAUUAUUUGUGGAUUUUCAACGUAAUGUUCUUAACGGUACAGCAAUAUUGAACCUAUCAAUUGGAUUAUCUUACCAAUACACUUUACACGAAUUCUCUCAAACGAUACCAAUCCCUUCCUAUGCAAUGAUUAUUGUAGUAGGUUCACUAAAUUCAUUAGUACUUAAUCCAAGAACUAUGCUCAAACAUUUCGACGGUAUAUAUAACAUAUGUGUGCUUCCUCCAAAUAUUCCGGAAUUCGAAAUAGAAUAUCCUGGCGUAGCAUUCGUGUCAUCGACUGUACUUGAUGGAGAUCGUUCUUUGAUAAGGAGUGCAAUUGCUCGAAACAUUGCUCAGAACUGGACAGGAAAUAUAGUUACAUGUAAACAUUUCGAACAUUUGUGGUUAACUAAAAGUUUUAGUACAUUCAUUUUUCGGAAAAUUAUGGGUCUUAUGUUUGACAAUGAAAUGAAAACGUUUCUAGAAAUGAAAGGCUUUAACGAUCUGAAAGAAAUGAUAAAAUUAUAUAGCAACACUGAUUUUCUACAAAAAUUGAUACCCAAUUCGACAGAUAAUUUGCCCAAGGACAUCAUAAAAUAUGUGCCUUAUGAAAGAAGAUGUUUGCUUUUAAAUUAUUUACAACAUUCUUUAAGUGGACCAACAGUUUUUGAGUCAUAUCUUAGAUCUUAUAUAGAAGAAUUUAAAUUUAGAAGUGUAAACACUGAAAAUUGGAUAAAACACCUGUAUCGUUACUUUUGGACGAAAGAAGAGAUAUUAAGAUCUAUAAAUUGGGGAAUGUGGUUUGAUGGACUAGAUUUAUCAUUUGUAUUUCAUUAUUAUCCUGUAAUGAAUGUAAUUGAAUGUCACCUUUUAGCGGAACAGUUUAUCGUGGCAGAAACAAUUAUGGAAAAAUUGGUUUGUGUGAUUCACAAGUUAAUUUGCAUCCUAUCAAUUGAAAAAUUACUACAACAUACAUUUCCGAUUGACCUACAGAACUGUGAAAUACGAUUUUUUUGGCUACGUUUAUGCAUCAAAAGUAAAUGGUUGGAAAUGGUUAAACCUACUUUAAAUUUUGCCUACAACUACUGUACGCCAAAGCUUGCUCAUUAUUUCGCGAUUUGUAUAAUGAAUUAA